GGUCUCUCUUUAUUUUAUAUAUAAAAAAGAUAUAAGAAGAAGACUCGUGGGGAGAAAAAUUAGGGUUUUUAUUUCCUUUCUCGCAUAGUCUCUGUCUCGAUUGUUGCCGAUCGAGCGAUGGAAAGAUCCGAUCCUCCUUCACCGAAGCGUCAGAAGACGGAGGAGGAAACGACCUGCUAUAACGGCCGUCCGGAGGAUUUCGAUUCCGACGAGUGCUCCGACGAGGAGAUGCACCUGUUCGACCAAGAGUUGGAUAGGAUCGGCGGGGGUUAUGAAAUCGACUUCAAGAAAUUUCGCUACUGUUUUGGCUGGAAACCACUGGAUCUGGACGAUAGUACAAUGGUUGAUGAGCCUGAAACCAACAGAGAUUUCAUCGCUUCGUUGGCGAACCUGGCUCUUACCAAGCAUAACGCAGACAGAGGAACAAGCUUGGAACUGGGAAAGGUUUUGAUUGCCAACUUUCAUCUAUCUUGUGGAUUGACUUUCUACAUCUCAUUUCAAGUCAAUGAUCCUUCAGAUGGUAAUCAGACGAAACCCUACCGAGCUGUGGUUCGCUACUUCCCUGGAGACAUUGAAGUUGUCUCUUGCAAUCCCAAAGAUUGAUGGAUUCUCUGAGAGAGAGAGAGCGUUUGUAGCAAUCCACCUGCUUGUUUCUGAUAUCAUCACCUAUGUAUCAUCUAUCUAUCUAUGGUCUUAUCUAAGAAACUGCUAGCUCUUUUCUUGUUUAUGUUUUCAACUUGUUUGCUUUGUGUUGAUGUUUAAGUGGAUUUGAUGAUUAAUAUAAUAUUGGUACUGUAGUAGUUAUAUAUA